UUUCUCGGAAGCCCAAGAAAAAAAGAGAAGCUAUAAAACAUUUGGUUCAAAGUAGUAAUGAUAAUUUUUCUCCCCUAGCUCUGACUUCUAUUCAUCCCUCAUCAUCAUUACAACCUCACUUCCCUCUCUCUCUCUACUUCCACUUUAAUUCCCCACAUCAUGAUGAUAGUGAUGAUGAUGAUUCAUCAUCUUCAUCUUCGUCGUCUUCUUCUCCUUCUUCUUUCUCUUCACCUCCCAAGUCCCAAUACCCAAGAAGAGGACAUAAUCAUACACACCCAAGAUCAAGAAUCCCAAGAAAAGGAAGAAGUAGUUGUUGAUUAUCAUCAUCAUCAUCGAGAUUUUAAGAUUAGGGUUUACCUCGUCUCUCUCUACUUUUUCAUGUAGAUCGAUUCUUGAUCGUCAUCAUCAUCAUAUGUUUGUAACAUCAUCCACGUGUGCGUACGAGAUCCAAAAGGGGAAUCAAGCGUCUCGGUCCGAUCCUUCGCUGCUUCAAAGCGAUCUUCAUCUCGAAAAUCAUCAAAUCAAGUGUGUCUUUGCUACCUCUCUCUUCUCUUUUUGUGUUUCUUUUACUUUUGACUACCUUUUGUUCUUCUCUUUGCUUCUCUUUUUCUUCUGGAUUUCUGUUUUUUUUUAUCGGUGUUUUCGUUUGACUUAUUACGAUUUAUGAAUCUAUAUGUAUCACCUUGUUCUUCUUUCAAACUCUACUAAAGAAAUUAAAUCCGAUAUUUGAUGGUUGUUUGCAUUUUGGAUAAUAUUCCCAUGUAAUUAAUUGAUUGGAUUGAUGAAACCUAACACAAGGUUAUAUACUCUAUUAUACCUAGCUAUACUAUAAUAUACGAAUACAUAUAUAACAACGAUUCAUCAUUCAUGGUAUAUAUAUGCUGAUUUUGUUCGUGUGGGUGUCAUAAUUAAUGAAUAAUGAUGCUUUUAAACACAACAUGGUGGAUCAUGUUUCAAGAAGUUUAGAACAUGAACUUGUUCAUGUCAUAUGUUAAUGCGUUUGCAUAUAGAUCUAAAUGGUUGGUAGAUCAUUCCUUAUAUACAAAUGAUUGUGUCGCUUUGGUACGGUCAAAGAAAGUUAUGAUGGCUAGUGUGACGACUGACGAAUGAAUGUACGUACAUAAAUGCAUACAUAUAGUUUUGUCGUUCAAUAUUAAUGGACAUGUUCAUAUAAGCAACAUCAAGAUUUUUCUCGAGACAGCAUUUAUUGCUCAC